CUUUCGAGACGCGAGUGCAGCAGCAGCCCUGCGGCUGUUGUGAGGCGCGGUGCGCAGAUUCGGCAGAGAGACCAUGGAGGCGAUCCUGAAGAAAGAGCUGGGCACCUCGACUCUGCGGGCCACUGGAGGCGCAGGGGGCGGGUGUAUCAGUGAGGGUCAGAGCUACGACACCGACACCGGCAGGGUGUUUGUCAAAGUAAACCGCAAGAGCCAGGCUAAACUCAUGUUUGAAGGAGAAAAGGCGGGUCUGGAAGCCAUCCUGCAGACCAGCACUGUCCGAGUCCCCAGACCUCUGAAAGUCAUUGAGCUCUCCUCGGGAGGGGCGGUGUUUGUGAUGGAGCAUUUAGACAUGAGGAGUCUGAACAGGUUCUCUGCACAGCUGGGAGAGCAGAUGGCAGAUCUUCACCUUCACAACCAGGGGUUGAGGGAGAAGAUGAUCAAGGAGGAACAAACAAUAGGGAAGGGGCCUGGCCACUCUGAAGUCCAGUAUGUUGAGAAGUUUGGGUUUCAUACAGUGACAUGCUGUGGAUACAUCCCGCAAGAGAAUGACUGGCAGAGUGACUGGGUCACCUUUUUCACUCAGCAGAGGCUCCAGCAUCAGCUGAACCUGAUUGAAAAAGAUUAUAAUGAUAAGGAAGCCAGGGACCUGUGGCCUCAGCUUCAGCGGAAGAUCCCACAGCUCUUCAGCGAAGUAGAGGUCAUCCCAGCGCUGCUGCACGGGGAUCUGUGGGGAGGCAAUGUGGCGGAGAGUGGGGAAGGCCCACUGGUGUUUGACCCUGCUUCGUUCUAUGGGCACUCAGAGUUUGAGCUGGCAAUAGCCGGGAUGUUUGGUGGAUUCAGUAGCUCCUUCUACACUGCCUACCAUAAUAAAAUCCCCAAAGCAGCAGGCUUUGACAAGCGGUUGAAACUAUACCAGCUGUUCCACUACCUGAACCACUGGAACCACUUUGGAACUGGAUACAGGGGCUCCUCACUGAGAGUCAUGAAGGACCUGCUGAAGUAGUCUGAUGCCAGCCUGCUUCAUUCUGGGCAUUGAGCUCACUAAACCCAGGCACUGAGCCCCUCACACCAUAAUCAGUGACAGCAACAUUGCAAUCACACUUAAAACAAUUUGAAAAUUCACAAAGCACCGUGCAUUUCAGUGAUUUGAUUACUUACAUUCUUAAAGCUUACUACCUAACUGCAAUUCACAUGACAAAGAAUAUUUAUACUCCUAACGUUUUAGCCUGAAAUAAUGUCUGGAAAUCAUUAUUGGUGUUCAGACCAUAAAGUCUGGAGGAAAGUUUUGGACAAAAUGCAGUACAACUGCACUCACUCCUGUGGAUUUUGAGCAGAGAAACAUGGUGAACAAAAAGUAGAAGCGAAUGUGUGUGAGUACCGAUGAUUGCGUACUGCUGCACCCUGCAGGGGCUUGUGGGCAGCCUGUGGCUGGACUGGCCCACUGCAGGGCCUUGGGUUCUCUGUGCAGUCCAGAUGUUGGGCACUCAUGUAGCCCCAUUGUCACAGGUGGGCGAUUGUCACAGAUUGGGGUGCUGCAAAAUAAUGAGUGCUCAUGUUACCCUUAUUUUUUGUUAAAAUGCUCCUGGAGAGCAUGAGGACAGACAAUCAUAUUAAAGCCCAUGAAGAGAAUAAUUCCAUUUACAAAAUUGUUUUGUGAAAUGAACUGUUGUGACUGACUUUUUUAUAGAAGAUUCAGCAAAACUGCAGUUAAUAAGUAGGAAUUUAUAGUAUUAAGGAAGAUGCAAAAUUCAAAAUGUCAGAAAAUCAAUGUUCAUUUUCAUAAAUACUAAAAGAUGACGGCAAAAAAAUCUGAAUCUGAUUUAACAAUCUGUAUCUAUUUAAUCUGUUUUAGACACAAAGACAAUUUAAAAUUAUUACCAUAAACCAUUCAUCAUGUAAUUGUAGUCUCGAUAUCUUAUCGUGUACUUCGAAGUUAUCCAUAAUAGGAGAGCUCAGGGACAGUGGUAUUGACAUCUACAAGGAGAAUAAAGAAUUCUCAGUCUGGCUUCAGACCUCUGCUCUUCCCGUGAGCUCUCCACAGGCUGUGGGACCUUCACAGUGUGUAAUGUAAAGAAACAUUGCAAUACAAGGUAUUGCUUCCCUUGAGAAUUGUCCUUUUGAAACUUUCUACUUAUAUAUUUAGUAUUUGAAGAAAUGCUACUGCGUUUUACACCUUUCUUUUCCAAUCCUUAAUGUUGACCACUCUUUUUUAGCUUUGUUUUUAGUCUUAGUCCGUUAUGGAGUUUCCAACAAACGUUCAGGAGGGAUGACAACAGCCAGGUUCGAUUGGCCUCAGCUGUAUUUAUAGCUGACUCAUUUCUUCAUGUAAAAAGUAGAAAUACUAUACAUAAGCCCCUGCUUCCCUCCUUCUCCCUAGCUCCACCUCUGCAGCUGCCCCUUCGGUGGAGGGUAAUAGCCUCCUCAUCCUACAACCAGGUGGGUCAAGAAAAAUUCACUAAAACUGAAACACUCAAACAUUUUCAGUUCACUUAAUUCUUGGUUGUUGUUAUUCCUAGUGAAAUGGGUGUUGGCCCUGGUUAUAUUGCAUUGGGCAUUGAUUUUAAACCAUACCAACAAAUAAUGAUUUCAGUUGCUUUCAUUUUUUCCCUUAGAAGUGAAAUGCAGACCUUUGCUUGGUCAGAUCAAUGUCUACAAUCUCAAUAGUCAAGAUGUAAUUUAAAAAUGAAGUAUGUUAUUAACAACCACCAUCUUCAAUAAGGUACUACUACACCCAUUUGGGGCAUAGUACUCACAUUGCGGUUUGCUGGAAAAGGCAUUUUUGAUGUGAAAAUUGUUGCCAGUAAAUGCUGCCUUGUUGCAUGAGUAACUAAUCUUCUGUGGUGGUCUUGCAUCUGUAAAGUGGAUCUGGUCAAAAGCUUUGUUUUACACCAGUAGUCCGGUCUCUCACUGGAGAGCUGUGUGAUUCCUUGAGUUUGCUUCAGAACAAGCAGCUGAUUUGAUUACUCUUAAGCUCUUCUCCUGAGAAAUGUAUGCAAUGCGAUACUGAAUUCAGAUUAUUGUUGGGUUUUUUUUUUUCAAUUUUGUGAAAAUAUUUUUGCAUUAAUGAUUUUUUAUUUGCUAUGUAUAUUGAAAUCUAAGAAUAUACUCUAACUGUAUAGAAUAUAACUGACAAAUAUGCUAAUAAAGAUGCUAUUUAAAUCCA